GGAAAAACCCAGAGUCUAAAUAUAGCAAGCCGUGGGCGCAGUUAAAAUGGCGGCGGAAGAUGUACCUCGAUGUCCGGCCUGUCGAAGAAAACAAACCCUGACACCUGUACCCGAGUCCGAACAACUCUUAAUUGUAAACAAUGCAUGUCAGUACUGCAGGAAGCUCCAGAAAACUUUCGUCGAUAUCCCGUCCUCUCAUAGACCUCAAUUUAAUCGAAGUGCAUCGUGCCCAGCCGGAUCCAAAGUUUCUGUAGUGACCUAUCUGCCGGAGGGUGAAAAUGUGAUAGACUUUCUGACACAAGAGGAGGAUAAAGAAAAUGACGCAAACGAUUCCAUGGAUGAUGUAAAAAUUGACAUUGACACUGAUGCAAGUGAGGUGUUUCCGAGGCAACCCGCUGGUCGGGUUAGCAAGCAAACUAUUUUCAAUGUAAUCCUCUGUUUGGUGCUGGUUCUGAUACUGGUCGUGCUGCUAUAUAUAUUAUUUGUAAAACACUCUCCAAAUGAUGAGGACCACACGCACCAUUCCUCGCGUCCCCUGAACUUUAACCCUCCCAGGAAUGUGACAGGGGUACCCAAUCAUGGACAUCCCUGCAUGUCACAAAGUGUGUUUGUCGUGGACUCCUCAAAGCUUGGAGUCGGCUCCAGCCAGCAACCCAAUGUUCCCUUUACGCUAGUAAACUCCACAGAUAUGGGCGUGAAUCUGACGGAGGAUGGACGGACCGUCAUCUUCAACAAUCCGGGACACUACGACAUUGACGUGGAUUUUAUAAUGGACACCUACAGCCUGGACAGUUUCUCUGAUGACCGCCCAUACCAGCAGUCCGUGUGUCUGAGUAUCACGGGAAGAUCUCAGGUCUGUCGCCCUCUUAUCAUGCACAGAUGGAUGAGAAUGUCACUCAGAGUCAACGCUGAUUUCCAAGCGCAUCCUGGACAGAGACUGUCAGUUUUUGUGGUAAACCGUAGGAUGCUGUUUCCGGAUCCAAACGGAAACAUACUAACUAUCAUAAAAAAGUUCUGCUAAUUCAUAAUGGACGAAUUUCGCGGAAUUCUUGACAAACAUUUGGCAUUUGAUGUCUGUAUAAAACCCCCACAAAUAAUUCCAAGCAUUAUAAUGCAAGAUUUGUAAUGGUAGCAUUGCAUUUCAUGAUUUCAAUGAUAUUUGAAUUUAUUGUUUACUUCUUAUUUGUUUGGAUGCAUUUACUACAUGUUAUGACAAAACUACAGUGUAUCUGCACGUUGAAGGAAAUCCAAUCUGAGACUCAGUCUCAAACUCUUACUUACAGUGAUAACCGAGUAAGAAACUCCAAUUUUUUGUAAUCAUUGCUGGUGUGCUGGCACGCUGCUUUUGUUAUAAUAGUCUUCCAUAAGGACAUAAAUGAUAUAUAAUAUGAAUCAGGGGCGGAUUCAGACAAUUUUUUAGGGGGAGGGGGGCUUGCAACCUAAGUUUGUACCUUCUACGCCCAAUAAAAGGAGGUGUUGUGAAGUCCCCAAAAUGACAACAACAAAAACCCCAACAAAACACCCCAGUUUAAAAGAUGUUCAACCAAAAGAGGGGUUGCGAUUUCCGUAACCCCCCCCCCCCCCCCCCCCCCCCCCCACAUGUUUCUUAAAUUUGAGUCAUGUAUAGAUACAAUUGUAUGUGCGUUAUUGUCAUACAUGUAUAUUGUUAGGGGAGAGGGCAGCUCCAAAUUUUUGUCCAAUCCUUUAUUUACGUUACAUGUAUAUUAUUACACAACAUGUGUAUGGCCAAAAAUAUAAGUGCUUUGUUUAAAUUGCUCAUGUGUUUGCAAGUACAUGACUUCAGGUUAUCCAGACUGGUGAAUGGCUCAACCAUGUAUUAUCAAAAUACUUGUUAAUUUAUUUCAAAGUUUAUUAUUUUUUCAGUGGUUGUUACCGUAUGUUUGAUAUUGAAUGAAAUAUAUAUUUGUAUUUUAACAAUAAAAACAAUGAAAUCUG